AUGCUCCGUCAAUCUAUUACGCGCGCUUCCCACGGCCUCAGUCCUUCACUCAUUGGGCUGAAUUUCCGUCCUAUCAAAUCGCACGACUACGACAGACCCGACCCCAAUCACAACCCUCAUUUCACAGACCUUCCCCAAAUAAUCGGCGUACUUUCUUCUCAAGCCACCGAUCCCCCCUACCAACAAAGGCAAAACCAGUACAAUCGAUUCCGAGGAAGCGCACGCCGACCUAUUGUCUACCGCUUAGUGCAAAAUGCUAAACCGCAUCACUUUGUUGCGAUUGGCGUGGGUAUAUCUGGACUUUACCUAUACAACACCGAGAUAGUGGAGAUGACCGGCCGACGACGGUUCAACUGUGUCUCUCAUCACCAGGAGCUCAAAAUGGGCGAAGAGAGUUAUCGUGAGGUCCUCAUUACCGAGCGUGGUAAGGUUCUGCCCUAUAACCAUCCUCUUACUCGCAUGGUAGAUGAUGUGCUGCAACGCUUGGUCCCGCAGGCGCCUAUUGAAGGCGCUGAUUGGAAGGUUCAUGUUAUUAAGGAUGAUGAAACGGUUAACGCUUUUGUUCUUCCCGGGGGAAAGGUCUUUGUCUACACGGGCAUCUUACCAAUUUGCAAAGACGAGGACGGUCUGGCUGCUGUGCUAGGACAUGAGAUUGCUCAUGUUGUGGCUCAUCACCCUGCAGAGCGUAUGAGCACCAGUUUCAUUACGCUAGGAGCUGUAUUCGCUAUCUCUUUCUUGUUUGAUGUCUCCGGGCAGUUCUCUUCGUUUCUUUUGAAUCUUAUGUAUAGCUUGCCGAACUCGCGGACGCAAGAGGCCGAAGCAGACAAGAUCGGGCUCAUGAUGAUGUCUAAAGCCUGUUUUAAUCCCAAGGCCGCCGUCAAGCUAUGGGCUCGCAUGUAUGAGCAGGAGAAAGAGGCUCCUCCGCAGUUUAUGUCCACCCACCCAUCGAGUUACAAUCGAAUGGAAGCUAUCCAAGGAUGGCUAGACAAGGCCGAGGCAAUCUAUGAUGAGGCUGGGUGCAGCUCUAUCAAAGGAUACAUGCCUGGUUUCCAGAAUGCUUAUAAUUCGCAUGUCGCAUAUUUGAGGUGA